UUUGUUUGAGAUGGAAAUAAAAAUAGUUAUUUUUCUGAAGGGUAUCGUAGAAUUAACCAUUAAUGAAUAUUGUCAAUAGAUCGUGAGAUGAUAUUGAUAAUAGACUCCUAGAAUAAAUCACUUCAGUAAUCAAAACACUUUCAACUGGUUUUAGUAAUCUGAAUUUACCCACAAAUAACUAUGUCUACCAUUUCAAGAAUUCCUAAAAAAGUGCUCACUCUUAAGCAGUUCAUGCUUAGGCAAGAGGUUUUGAAUUUAUACAGAGAAGUUCUACGCACAGCUAGAAAAGUAGAUAGGCAUCAAAAAGACGAAAUCAUCAAGUGGGCUAGGAGUGACUUUGAAACACACCGAUCUCACACUAAUGAAGAAACAAUCAAGGGACUUCUCAUCAAUGGGAGACAAAUGGUGAAAGAAUUACAAAGUACAAUUAAAAAGACAUCUUAGUGUAUUAUUGUAUGUUGGACUCAGUCAUUGAUUACAAGUUCGUCUAUUCCCCAA